GAUUCGGAGGUAUCGCGAGAUCGUCCACAAGCACAAUAAUGACAAUACCUAACAUCGAAUUUAGCAAUAAAUACUAGCAGUCGUUUAUAGAUGCCAGCGUGAAUUGGGACAUUUCGUUUAGACUUUCAGUCAUAAAGUCGCGGAAAUGGGUGAACGGGAAAGGAUAACGAAGAAUCCGAUUCGGGUCGGUUUUUACGAUAUAGAGAGGACCAUCGGGAAAGGAAACUUCGCGGUGGUGAAGCUAGCCAAACAUAGAAUUACCAAAACUGAGGUUGCCAUCAAAAUUAUCGAUAAAUCACAACUAGAUGCGAGCAACCUUCAGAAAGUGUAUCGAGAGGUAGAUAUAAUGAAGAGACUCGAUCAUCCACACAUCAUUAAAUUAUACCAGGUGAUGGAAACAAAGAAUAUGAUAUAUCUGGUAUCGGAAUAUGCCAGCCAAGGAGAAAUAUUUGAUUACAUUGCCAGGUAUGGAAGAAUGACCGAGGAUCAAUCCAGGACAAAGUUUUGGCAAAUUUUGUCUGCUGUAGAAUACUGCCACAAUCGUAAUAUAGUGCAUCGAGAUUUAAAGGCUGAAAAUCUUCUUCUAGACUCCAACAAUAACAUAAAAAUAGCCGAUUUCGGUUUUUCCAAUUACUACACGGUCGGCGGGCAAUUGUCCACGUGGUGUGGUUCUCCGCCUUACGCCGCCCCCGAAGUUUUCGAGGGCAAGAAGUAUGUCGGCCCCGAAAUCGACAUAUGGAGUUUGGGCGUCGUUCUCUACGUUUUAGUAUGUGGCGCCCUACCUUUUGAUGGAUGUUCCCUACAAGCCCUUCGUGACAGGGUACUUUCCGGUAGAUUUAGAAUACCAUAUUUUAUGAGCUCAGACUGCGAAUCUCUCAUUAGAAAAAUGUUAGUAUUAGAGCCGAUCAAACGGUAUAGUAUUCAGCAAAUUAAGAAGCACCGAUGGAUGCAAAUGGGUAUGCCGCCUACACUGCCGCUCACAAUAUCUGUUUCGAACAGCAAGCCAAAUGAACAAAUUCUGCGACUGAUGCAAAGCCUAGGGAUCGAUAGUGCUAAAACAAGAGAGUCAAUUCGAUUAGCAAGCUACGACCAUCAUGCUGCGAUAUACUAUCUACUUCUCGACAAGCUCAGAAACCAACUAGUUGGAGGCGAUAAUCAAACAGGUGUCCGGGAGGCACAAAGAAGAAGGCCCUCCAACGUAGCAGAACAAGCUAUGAGAAAAAUAGGCCGAGCAAGCACAAGCGAAGACUGCCGAAGACUCAUCCACCACCCUCCAGUCGCGCCCACCGCCAGUAAUAGCAAGAUCUGCCACGCCCCCAGCACCUGCCACUCUCCUCCCACCCACGGCAUUGACGCCGUCCGGCUAUUCACGACCACCAAUAGCAACGACGCCCUCAAGAGCUGCCACGCCCUCAGGACCAGCGACACACCCUCCACCCACGGAAUAGACACCGCCCGGCUACCCGCGACUACGAAUAGCAACGACGCUCUCAAGAGCUGCCACGCCUCCAGAACGUGCGACUCCUCCCCCACCCACAGCAUAGACGCCGCCCGAUUCCUCGCGGCAGCCAAUAGCAGCGAAGCCCUCAGGAGCUGCCACACCCCCAGGACCAGCGACACACCCCCCGCCCACGGAAUAGACGCCGCCCGGCUGCUCGCGGCCACCAAUAGCGAGGACGCCCUCAAAAUCCUGAACCAGGCGUCCGCGAAGGCCUUCAGCAUGUGCAACGAGGCGACGAAGUUGAUGUCCACCCUACAGAUGUCGGCCAUUGGCUGUCCGUCGCAGGAUGGGGCGGGCUGGAAGGAAUGCGGCGGGCAUUCGGGGGCGUGGUUGUACGGGCAGGUGUGCCCGCAGCCGUUCGAGAGCGCUGGGACCAGAGGGUCGAUCGGGAGGUUUUGUCCGAGCAGCUACCGAAGCGCCGAAAUCCAAACCCAGUACUCCAGCUCCACCGACGAGGGUGUGGAAACGGACCUGGAGGACCACCAGCCCCGCCUCUCCUAUGCCUCCUCCAGUUCCUCCAGUGGCGUCCUCACCACCUUCAACGCGUCGAAGAGCCUCAGCCAGAACCUCAGCUGCGACAGCAACUUCGACAGCCUGGAGUACCAGCUGUCCGAGUCCAGCGAGCUGGCCAGCAGCCUGCCGAGCUGCGCCUCGACCGAGAAGCAGCCUGAGAAUCUCUUGGGUUCCGCAGCACUGGCGACGCAUAAUGGGGCCCAUUACGGUCUGCAGCCCAGGGGCGUCGCGCACGCGCACAAGCACAAUCCGCUGGUGCACAUGCUGAGCUUCAAGUCGACGCGGGGCAUGACGCGUUCGCCGGUGGACUUCCGCGAGGGUAGACGGGCCAGCGACGGGCUGGUAGCGCAACAGGUGGCUGAUGCGACGGGCCGAGUGGUGGCGUUCGAUUCGCAGAAGUUCAGCGAGAAGCGCAAAGCGAAAGGUGUAUUGGAUAUGCACUUGGCGAGGGAUUCACAAAGGCUGCAGACUCAAUAUCCAAUAAGAGAUGGUCUAGAAGAAGUGAACCAGCGGCAGGGACAGCACGGUCAGUACUUGCAGCCUAGGCCGAACAAAAGGAUCAGUUUACCUGAUAAUUUCAAUUAUACAAGUCCUGCUGUGGAGAGUGUUCAGUUGCAGACUGCAAUGCAGCAUAGGCUACUGCAACAAAAACGCCAUAUCCUUCAAAAACAAUGCGCAAUGUCACACCAACCCACCCAGAUAGCGACCACAGACUCCAAUCAUUCCCUUUCGAGACGGCAAAUGCUCAGACAAGCCAGCUACAAGAUAGCCCAGCAACAGCCCGUCAUGCCCCCGUUGCCUCUUUCCGAAAAGGAGAGCAAGGAUCUCAUGGCAUUCCAAGCGAUGGUGGAAAACGCGGGGGAACAGUGGAACUCGCUGUCGAGAACCAACUGUCAAAUGUCAGAACCAGUGUCGCUGCCAGCGCAGUCUUGGCAAGCCACCGGUGCAGCGUGGAAUCAGGGUCCUCAAUUUCCUGUUAACAUCACAACGAAUGUUUGGCCACCUUUACUACCACUCAGGGAGAGUCCUAUUCUUGAACUAACCGAGCAAAUGGAAUCCAUGUGAAGUUAAUUAUUUACUAACUUUACUUUAAUUUGAAGUAUGUAAUGAUUGAAGAAACCUUUUAAAAUUCAAGGAAUUUACUAUGGAGUCACAUCAACAAAAUUUGUAGCAGCGAUUUUUUUUUUCUAUCUAAUGCAUGGUCAGACACUUCAAAAUAACAAAUUUUGAAAAUGACUAUAAUGUCCAAGAGGCGGCUGCAAAUUUCGACCUUCACCUAAUAACGAAAUGAUAUACAGAGAAGUGCACAAAAAAACGGCCAGGAUUGCAACUUUUGGAUUCUAGAUAGGGUUUUGAAAAUUGGUGGGUAGCAAGUAUACCAAAUUGAUCAUUAAUUGAUGAAACAAUAUUUCUUCUGUCACUUCCAGUUUCACCGGAAACGACCCCGACUUUUGAUUUUUAAAUGGGACACCCUGUAUUGUAUUCCCUAAUCGGUUAGGGAUUAUCAAGACGAAUUCAACGAU